AUGCCUCCUUGUGCUAUUAACAGCCCCAAGAAGAAGAGGUCGAAGCGCAAAGGCUCAGAUGCUUCUGGCAGGGCAGGUGUACCAAAAAAAUCUUGCCAGACUACGGACCUCACUGAAACACUCAGCAUACCACUUGUUUCCCUUGGCCUUGCUGAAGCUGAAGAUGGUGCUCCACAACGUUCUGGCCGCCCCAACGCAGGGACCGGAGGUAGGAACAGCCAGCUAGAAAAGAUUGGUGCAGUCCUUGAGUCUCAGUCUCAAAGUCGUCCUCCCAAGGGCUCCACGUCCCUCAGUCCUAAUAUCCCAGUGAACCCUCAGGCUCCGGAACCUGCUCGUAAAGGACAGAAGGGUUGUUCAAAGGUCAGGCAUGCGGUUCCUCCACCUUAUAGUUCACUCACUGUUACCAAUGGUCCUGCGAGCAUUGAUAACACAGGUCCUGGUUUUUCAAUGCACCAACCUGGCGGAAGGUUUGGUUUGGUUGCUCCUCCCAGUGCUGGCCAUAGUCUUCACGAGGCUAACAAUCCACAUAGUGCUGUUGGCUCGAAGGCUGUCAAGAAGCGUGCUACGAAAGUAGCUCGUGAUCCAAACCCACACAAUAUUGUACCGCCACUCACCACUUUCAUGGAACAAAACUUGGAUCCAGCCCUUUUCGAGGAGGACAACAGUGUUAGGUGUCAAUCUAUACUGCGAGAAUCCAAGCUGUUGAACAGCGGACCCAAAGGCAGCAGCACCAAUAACAACAAUGACGAGGAUGAGGAUGGGGAUGAGGAUGAGGAUGAGGAUGAGGAUGAGGAUGAGGAUGAGGAUGAGGAUGAGGAUGAGGAUGAGGAUGAGGAUGAGGAUGAGGAUGAGGAUGAGGAUGAGGAUGAGGAUGAGGAUGAGGAUGAGGAUGAGGAUGAGGAUGAGGAUGAGGAUGAGGAUGAGGAUGAGGAUGAGGAUGAGGAUGAGGAUGAGGAUGAGGAUGAGGAUGAGGAUGAGGAUGAGGAUGAGGAUGAGGAUGAGGAUGAGGAUGAGGAUGAGGAUGAGGAUGAGGAUGAGGAUGAGGAUGAGGAUGAGGAUGAGGAUGAGGAUGAGGAUGAGGAUGAGGAUGGGGAGAGGGAAGAGGAUGAGGAUGAGUCGGACGAGGAUGAGCACACCAAUGAGAAUGAGUACCAACGUCGUGAUGGCCAUCCAGGAUUUUCAAAUGAAUUGCUACCUUCGCAGCCUCGAGUCAUUCAUCAUCUCACACCUGAAUUUGAUUUUCAGUACUCCCGCAAUGAGGAUGAUGUGGCUGCUCAGACGAGCCUCAAUAAAAACACUGUAGCAAACUCUCAAUCCUCAUCUGUCCACCAGAACAGUGACUCCCAGGAGUACAACAGCAACAACAGACACAAUGUUCUGAGUUAUCGUUUGCAUACCUCGAAGCCUAGCGAUGUAUUGGAGUCCCACCACAAGAAAAAUGGCCAGCCCCGCCUUCCCGACCCUGACACUCUUGAGCUGCUUCAUCAAGUAGCCGAGCACACUGAUGACCAGCAGGCUCCCUGGAGAAACAGAAAGACAAAACGGUCAGAAGAUGGGCCCAAACCUACUCUGCUAGCUUGGUACAGGCCGCGCUGGAAAAGCUUCCUUGAGCACACCAAGGGAGAAUGUCGUGUGGAACACGCGCUUGACGAUCUGUUUCCGAGUUUUGUUGAUGAUCUUCCAGGGUCAGUAACUGAAGUUCUCAUUGCAACUUUAGUCGUUUGGGACAAGGAAGGAAAACAAUUUGAAGCUGGGGUUUGGCCAGAGCAAAAGUGUAACAUGGCUCGAUUGUUAUAUGACGAUCUUUCGACCUGGCGAUCAGAACUCAAGAAAACUGCCAUAGGCUUAGCACCUCUUGCAUACUCACUUGUUCCCCCUGCGUCAGUCCCCGCUCAAGAACAUGCAAUGUGGGUCCAGAAUGCUGCUUCACAAUUACUUUUGGAAUCCGAGUUCUUACAGUUUGGAUUGGAUGCAUUGGGCAAAACAAGGAACUUCGCUCAUCCCGACCUUCGUGACACAGCUAUUGGUUUCUUUUACACAGGGCCAUACCAAAUUGCCCGGAAGAGGCCAGAUAUCUUUCACGAGCAAUUGCCCAUCUCAUGCUUGGCUUUGGUUUCCGCUGUGUACAACUGUGUCCUCGACAGUCUCAUCAAAAACGGUCACGGCAAAUCUUAUCCCAAGUUCUCCGCCAAGGAAUACGGCCCAAUAUACCGCCAGAUGGAAUGGGCUGAAGCAGGAUGGGCCGCAUGUCUAAAACUCGAUGGCGCUGAGGAGACCAAACACAUCCAUCUACAAAUCGUCCUUGACUAA